AACCGCAGGGAAACCCCAUCGGAGCACCAGACGCACUCUGAUGGAGAAAGCAGAAUCCGCAGACACCAGCUGUCCGCGUCGCGCUGCCUUUUACCAGCCGAACAUUUUUGCAUCCGAGGAAAAAACUUUUUUGUGUUGUUUUUGUUCCCGUCUGAUCAUAGAGAAAGCUCCGUUUUAAAAAUAAACGGAUUAAUUACGGGGGGGAAUUCAUUUUACCGUAACAUAUUUUCUUUUUUUUAUUAUUUGUGACUGAGUUAAAGUUUUUUUUUGUUUUUUUUUUACUUUUAAGGACGAACUCGCUUCGAUUUCCCCCCAGAAGAGAAAACAACACCACCUGGCGAUUAGCACCGUCCGUGGUCCCAGGUCCCCGGCACCAUGCUGUCCAGCGUGCGCCGCCACAGCCUCCGCCUGCAGAACGAGCUCCACCGGUGGAGCAUCUGCGACCCGGGCAGCCAGCUGCUCUCGGACGGCCGGCUCCUCGCCCGGGGCCCCGCCUGCAUGUCCCGCUCCAAGUCCUGCACCGGCUCCGCCGAGGAGUCGGACGGGAGCCGCAGGAGCUGGUCCUCCUCCGACUCGGUCCGCUCUACCGACUCCUCCGGGGAUGCGGGGCGGGCACCCGGGGGGCCGUACCGGGUGGUGCUGCUGGGGGCCAGCGGGGUGGGCAAAACGGCCUUCAGCAGCAUCUUCGCCGGGGCGGCGGACAGCAUGGACAGCGAUGACUGCGAGCUGUGUGCCGAUGAAGUGUGUGAAAAGAAAAUUGAAGUGGAUGGAGAAGCUGCAACUAUAACUCUGCUGGACACAUCGGAUGCAGAGACCGACGACGGUCCGGCUCGGGAGCACUACAUGCAGACGGGCGACGCCUACCUGUUGCUGUACUCUGUGACAGACCGGGCCUCUUUCCUCCGAGCCUCCGAGCUCCGGAUCACCCUGCGGCGCUUCCGCCCUGCGCAGCACACGCCGAUCAUCCUGGUGGGGAACAAAUGUGACCUGGCGCGACGCAGAGAGGUGUCAGUAAACGAGGGUCGCGCCUGCGCAGCUGUGUUUGACUGCAAGUUCAUCGAAACCUCAGCCGCCGUGCAGCACAACAUCUGGGAGGCUUUCCACGGCAUGGUGCGACAGCUGCGGCUACGCCGAGAUUCCAAGGAGGCCAACAGGCGGCGCAGGCACACGUACUGCAACGCGCGGCGCGAGAGCCUCCCCAUGAAGGCCAAGCGCUUCCUCGACAAGGUGAUGGCGAAGAACAAUCCCAGCGUGGCGUUCUGGCUGAAAUCAAAGUCCUGUCAUGAUCUUUCUGUGCUGUAGAAACAUAAGCAGAAGCGGGCGUUUAAAUGUACGCCAAACCUUUUGAGCAGGUGAACAAGUGGCUGCUUGGAGAGCAGAAUUGGUGGACGCCCGAUGCCUUUAAGGGGCCACACGUUGGGUGGCGCAGUCCUGGGUGUGUUGACACCAGGCCGGUCUGGUGUACAAGAGAGGGGGUUUGCAGGCUUCCUGCACUGACAUCCACAUGUUGAGGUCCAAACCGGACUCAGUGGACGCAGCUCCGCCCGUGUAAUGGACCGGAACAAUCGGCUAAUGAAGUGACGUUUCCUGUUUAACGUCUGCCUCUACUUUGGAGGUUAGAAACCUUCUGAUGGAAACUGGGAGACGGAUGUUAUGUUUUGUGUUUUAAAUGUUAAUAUUAAUGUCUUUUCUCUUUGAUAAUUUGCAUGAGGAACAUUUAGUUGACUGUCUUUCUUUUUUUUUAUUAAUAAUGUGUGUUUUUCACUGACUGUAAAUACAUUGCGAUUAUGUGUUGUGUUUUGUUACCUGUAUGUUUAAAUUUUGCUCUUAGAAAUAAAGUGACAUCAUCCAAUUUAAGAAAA